AUGGAGUCGUUUCAUGCUCCGCCACAAGCAAAAGUACCUCCCAAAUCUGAUCUUUCAUCCGAGCAACCCAAACCUGUGUCUGCAUCUGCUGGAAGCUUCAAGGAUGUGGUCGAGGAUGGCUUGGCAUUGGAUUUGACGGACAUGGAUCCGGAUACUCUUUUUACAGAUAUCGACCCAAAUAGGCUCAAAUAUAAAGACUACGACGAUACUUCUAUAGCCGUGGAUCGUGACAUUGGAGAUUACAAUUACCAGGACGCAAAUCCCGUUGAAUGGAUCCGUGCGAAGGCUACCAAGUACCUCGGUCAGGACAAGCAGCGCCAGACUUACAACAAUGAGCUCCAAGAUCUGUUGCUCGAUAUGAUCAAAGGAAUCAACAACAACCAUGAGCAAAGCAGGGCUGUGGACCAGGCACAUGUUGAGCGGCUUCAGGCAAACUGUAAGAAAAUCUGCAUGAAGCAUCAGACUGAUCUUCACAUACUUCACCAGUGUCUGCUGGAGGCUCAUCGACAUGACCUCUCAAGCGGGUCUUGUAAGCUUCUCGAAGAAAGAUACAAGGCUUACGAGGAGCAGCUUAGAUUAUAUCACGCUCGUCUUCAAUUGGUACUAGAUAAAGGAGCUGGCCUGUGGGCAUUACCAGAAAUACUGCAAAAGAUUUACAAGCAGCAUGAGAAGAUCCUUGAUGAGCUCCACGGUCGUCUCUUGUCAACCUAUGAAGGGAAGGCAGGAUGGAACUUUUUCGAUAUGCUUGAAAGAGCUAGUCAGGAAAAGGACCUCAGAGUACUUCACUCCUCUUUGCUAAAUCUUCAUCAACAGGUUGCGAAGAGGGACAUGCUUCUCCAUGACUCCUCAUAUAUGCAAACGUCAUCUGUAGUGGAUGGUAUUAAAGCGGAGAGACCGACUUUGGCUUCAGAUCCCGGGCCGAUCCAGGAAUAUCUCCCUUCGCAAGCAUCAGGCUUGGACUCGGAGUUUGCAAUUAAUGAGCGGAGACCGAGUAUCGACGUUCCUGAGCCGAAUCUUCGCCAAGAUCCCCCCAGUCUCUCAUUUUCGCUCCUACCAGAUCUUGGCUCGCUGUCCCCAAUAAAGCUUGAUAUAGAGGAGAUGAACAGCGGAAUGACUGGGAUCAGACAUACGCUGCCUCCAAUAACUUCCAAUGGUGGUAGUCUUGGGUCCAGAUGGGUGAGCCAAGACUCCAACCACAAGCUCAACAUCAGAUCUGGCGUGAACUCACACCAUGCAUCCCCUGACUCUGAGCAGCUGGCGGGAAUUGGUAAAGUUUUCGACAAGUUAAUAACACCGCUUUGUCCAGUGUCCUCGGACGGCGACGUUUCUAUGGCAGAAGCGCCGGACGAAGAUUCAAAAUCCAACACAACAGAGGCGCAAUCAACAUCAAGCCAUGAAUCCGUAGAGCCUUAUGAACAGGACACACCUGAGAAACCCCCUGCCUUUGGAGCAGCACAUGUUCCAGAACCCACCCCAGGCGAGACUACCGAGUCAGGAGGACCCGUCCAACUGAUGAUCUUAGGCGAUAAUUUCGUUCAUUCAUCCCGAUGGAGGAGGGCAACAUUCUUGCAACGAGGACCGAGCAGCAUUGACGAAAUGAGCCCUCUAUCAAAAUUCUUUUGGGGAAUCUAUACAGGGUAUUCGGACCAUGAUGCGUUCCGGGGCAUUAUCACUCAAUCGAUCCGUUCAAGACUUUCACGGGCAGUGGAAUGUAUCUCGAAAUUCUCUUCUUGGACCAGCGUGACAUGUAGAACAAACCUGCCAUUCCUCGAACCACCCUUAGGAAAUGGGAAACGGUGUGGGAGGCAGCUUUACGAUGACUUCAAAGAGGCCCGUCCGGGUGCAGCAGAAGAUUUGGCGAAGCUGUUAGACCACCCACAAGCAGCUAAACGUAGGGAUGACUUUAUAAUAACCGCCACCAGGCUUGUUGAGAUGCUGGAUUAUCUAGGAAUAUGUCCUGCUGGCAUGGUCAGCAAAAAAUCUGCUCGAUUGGAGCUCGCGCUGACUUUCUACACGCUGGCUUUCUACGCGCUGGCUUCUCACGUGCUAGCUUCUAACGUGCUGACUCUUCACGUGCUGGCUUCUCCCGCGCUGACCUUUUUCGCGCUGGCUUCUUUCGCGCUGGCUUUCUACGCGCUGACUUUUCUCGCGCUGGCUUUCUACGUGAUGGCUCACUACGCGCUGGCUUCUCUCGCGCUGGCUUCUUUUGUGCCGGCUUUUCUCCUGUCGGCUUCUCUCGUGCCGGCCUCUCUCGUGCCGGUCUAUCUCGUGCUGGCCUCUCUCGCGCUGAUUUUUCUCGCGCUGAUUUUUUUCGCGCUGGCUUCGGAGAGAUCUCCGUCAAGUGCCAAACUCUUGGGCAAGUCCUCAGCUCCACUGGCAACAAAUACAAUUGCUGCAGCCUCAGAACAUCAACAUGCGCGUGGCUCCCCUCCCAUGCUACAACCAGGUCCGGACCAAGAGAAACUCGAUUUACAGAAGGACGACCCAAAUGUAUCAACCCAAGCAUCAAACCACGAAAGCCUCUUCCUCCUAACCUGCAUAACCAUCAGCCGCUUCGCAACCAGCCUCCUCCAACUCGACCUCAAACAACCCCUCCCCAUCCUCUCAGACCGCCAACUCCUCGAGCUCCUCCGAACCCACUACCACCGACUACGGCGAAACUGGCGCCGGCGUCUCCUCUCCUUCCAAACCUUGACCAGCAUCGAAUUCGUCCAAUUCGAACUCCACCGCAAAUCAAUAGUCGAUAUCCGCAAGCGAGAUGACAUCCCCCCCGAGGAUCGAAGAGAUGAAUAUCAAUACCGUCCCAUCCCUGCCAAGGUCAUUCCGCCCGUGGGAAGGAAUUAUCUGAUGCAUAUCUACCAUCACCCUGAGGAUGCGGACAGCGAGACGGUGUGUCUCUCAAGGUUUCCAAAACGGGUUAGAGACAGAUUGGAGCUGGCCGGGACGGAUGUCCCUGUUGGUUGGGGAAUCGAGUUCGUGGAGGGUGUGCAUUGGAAUAAGGUCUGGUUUUUUGGGUUUGCCAUUGUGCUGGUUAGUCUUAUCAUGGGGGUUGUCUGGAGUUCAUUGAAGAGGGAUGUGCAGGGUGGGUUUGGAAUUGCUGGGUUUAUGAUGGCUUUUUUGACGUUCAUGGUAGGCGUGGUGCAGGCGGCGAAUGCGUGA